CACAGACAAAAUUUUGUCAUACAAAAACAACCUUACAUAAAUCUUUACGGAGUAAGAAACAUUAAAAACCGGUUUACAUAUUUCUUUGUGUUCUAGCUCAUGGCGAUUUUUCCAGAUAAGCCGUAUGAGGCAAACAACCCACAUAACAUCAUGAUAACGUUGUCACCAUUUGACGUCGAUAUGAGUACUACGAUCAUGAUGCCAAAAGCGUUACUAGAAACCAAUUUAUUUCCUUUCAUGGAGAUAAGUACUCUCGUCGAACUGUUACAAGUUCCCAACAAGCCAAAGAUGAUUGGAAUUUAUGAUAUUGAUAGUAAAAUUACAACAUUUGUUAUCAUAAAAAAAGAUGGAAAUAAUUUUAAAUUUCAUGGAUGGAAUGAUAUUCUCCUACGAAAACAUUACAAAGCAGGCGAUACUAUUGCAUUUUGGUGGGAUCUUCGUCAUACUAGACUUAAUUUCAAACAGGUUGCUUAGUUGAUGGAGCGGAUCGUCACAACUUCAUUUCUCGAAUAUGUAUACCGGGUUUGUUUGAUCGAGUCUAGUUAAUUAGUUGUUGUUUUAUUAUGUUGGUUUAAUUCCUAUUUCUACAGAACAUGUUUUUCUCUUAUA